AUGCAGUUCAUCUCCACCACUUUCAUCUUCUCCCUCCUCGCCUCUGCCCUGGCCGCUCCUACAAAGGGCCCGCACACCGCCACCAUUCAACUCGCCAAUGAUCAUUCUGGCGCCAAUGCCGACAUCAUCAUCCCCGUUGAUGGCGUGAAGCGUCCCGUGCAAGAACUCUGGGGCCACACCGCUGUUGCGGAACAUGGCCUUGUCUUUGCCUCCAGCGCCCAGCUCACUGCCACUGAACAGACAACCGUCUGCAAAUUUAUUGAGGAGAAACACCCAAUUACCACCCUUGACGCUGAGAGGACUUGGGUCUCCCUGGGCAAGCCUGUCGUUGAUCUCUGUUCUGCCUGGGUUGUUUGUGAAUGCGAGGGCAUGUAG